AAGAAAAAAAAAAUCCUGGAGUAAGGCGCAUGCGCGGAAUGUUUAGCCGGCUGAGAGCUCGUGUUGAAUAGCGCGCAUGCGCGGAACGCGUAUUCACAAACAGCGCGGACAGAACGCACGUUUGUUGUUGAAAUGGAUCCCCAGAAGGACAUGCAGCCUCCUAAACAGCAGCCCAUGAUCUACAUCUGUGGAGAAUGUCACACAGAAAACGAGAUCAAGGCCCGAGACCCGAUCCGCUGCCGAGAGUGUGGCUACAGGAUCAUGUACAAGAAGAGGACCAAGAGAUUGGUCGUGUUCGACGCCCGAUGAUCUCCAACCCUACAGAUUUUCCUGCUCUGAGCUCAAACCCUUCUUCUUUUUUGUUUUUUUCCUGUUUUUUCAGUUUGAGAUUGUAAAUAAGUUAAAAGAUUAAAUACAGUUUUGUGUAUUAAAGACCCUGCCCAGACUUCGUCCUG